UCGUAGUUUGUGGACGCAUCAGCUGUUUGGAGAGUGUCUGUGCGUCAGAUGGAGCCUGAUCAACAACACGACGGCUUGUUUGUUGCAUGUUUUUGGGACUGAAUCGAGGAUUCAAGUGCGACAAGGGGCUGAACAUAAUAAGAUUUAGCUGUUAAAAAAACAAAACAAAACAAACAAAAAAAACAAAACAAGAAACAGCAGCUGACGUUUUAAACCAUGAAAUUAUAACCAGCUGACAUCCCCAGUAAACCUUGUGUGUGAUCAUCUCAGCUCCACCCUCUUGAAACGACGCCUCCAGACACGCUUAUACAAGACUUUAUGAAACAUCUCAGCUCCACUCCGUCAGACGAUCCGCAGGGAGAGAGAAGUGGUGAUCAUGCGUCCACACGGGUCAAUGAGUAUAUUGGGAGCACUGUUGGUUCUGCUGGCAGCAGGUCAACAAUGCGUCUCGGCUACCACUGACACUUUGGCUCCACCAGAGGUCUCGCAGCACAAUGGCACUCUGUAUGCAGCCUGCAAAAUGAGACCCAGCACCUCACUAGCUGAGGGUCUGCCCAAAGUGUACGGUCAGGCGCUGUUUAAGCAGGAUUAUCCUCAGGGAAAACUCAAAGUCCUGCUCCGGUUCAACGGCUUCCCCACAGAAGGUGAUCCUCAGCCCAGAGCGGUGCACAUCCAUCAGUACGGAGACCUGAGCCAGGGCUGUGACUCCACCGGGGGCCACUACAACCCACAUAAUGUGCAUCACCCCAACCACCCCGGAGACUUUGGUAACUUUGAGGCCCAGCAAGGGAAAAUCAACGCCAUGAUGGAAUCAGAGGCAACAAUGUUUGGAGGGAUGUCUGUGAUUGGACGAGCAGUGGUGAUCCAUGAGAAGAUAGAUGACUUAGGGCGCGGUGGGGAUGCCGGGAGUCUGCUGCACGGGAACGCAGGAAGGAGGCUCGGCUGCUGCAUCAUUGGGAUUUCAUCCCCCAAACUCUGGAAUACACACCAGAAACUGUAUACCAGGAGGCUGAGGAGUAACUAAUCUCACAACAGUGGUCUAACUGCAGGCCAGGGAAAAGAUUUUUCCUUUGAUUUCAUUCAUUCAUUGUACACAUUGUAUUUCUUAACAUAACAAGAAAUACAAAAUCAGCAAUUCAAUCAAAUAGCUGUCUCAAACAUUCAACAGAGGUUUCUCAAAAGUAAGUUAAAAAUUACAUAAAAAUUGACGGCCCAGUCGCCAGGAUAAAAUGUUGGCAUCUAAUAAGUGCAAGUGACAGAUACUUUCACAUUUGUAGGUGUCAUAUGUACCGCAUUUAUAUUUCUACAGAAUGUGUCAUAAUCACGUUGACGCUACAUGUUUAUGACCUGACUUCCAUAUCAGAAGGUUUAAGGGAAGCCAGUGUCUGCAGCUGUUUCUACAUUUUGUUAAGUGUGACACCACUGGAUAUUUUUAAGGAGAUCGCGUCACCAUUGUGGCAACAAAAACAGGUAUUUUAAGACUUAUCAUGAUCAUUUCUGACCCCUAACCAAGUGAUUUUAAUGCCUAAACUGAACCAGAACAUAAGCACAGCUUACUCAAAAGAAAAAAUUUAAAGUUGCCACAAAAAGAAAAGUUUGAAUGUAUCUGAGGUUUCCGAGACAUACUGUGCAUUGUCAACAAGUACUCUGGCGACUGGGUUCAAGUUUUUUACAACUUUUUUCCAGACUCACUAUCUCAACAUCUAUCUGCAUACGUUUGUGUAGAAAACUAUGAUUCCUAGAGGAUGAUUGCUACUGACUUACUGAGUCACUGAUUCUUCUAUAGCGCUACUAAGGGUCAAAAGUUAAAGCAACAUUUUGUAGAAAUAGGGAUUUUGUGUGACUUAGUGCCCCCCACAGUCCCUGAUCGCAGCACAUACCAGUGUGAUUCUACUCUCUCAGUUACACAAAGCAGAAACAAGUGACAGCUGCGACAAACACUGUUCACCCUGUUACAAGACACUGUACCAUCAACAUGAUUUUUAAUCUGUUAUUUUAAUUAAAAAGGCACAUAAUGUUACUUUGAAUUCGACCAAUACUUAGUUUAGGACCAAAUACCUGCAAAAAUGUAAUUUUCCAUCAGCCUCAGCUGUAGACUUGCUGCUAACUUAAAGUACUACAUAUGCACGCAUCAUCAGAAUGUGACCAUUGUUGCAUGUUAGCACGCUGAUAUUAGCAUUUAGCUUCAAGAACCUGCAUCCCAUACAACAAAACCAGUAGUUGAAAAUUAUUUAUUUUGCAGAAAUAAAUACAUUUUUUACACACUGAACACAGAAACACACAUGGCUCUAUGUCAUUUCUAUCUGGUGAGCAGAUAAUAUUUUUCACCACAAACACACAUCAGUGCUGGUAAAUCUAGAGGCUGUGGCCUUGUUGUGUGACAGACUAAUAGCUGGAGCUGUAGAUGUAUUCUUAACUAAGAUCUUUUGGUUCAACUGACAAAUUCUUGUAAAGUGCCAAAUGUUUGUCCGCCUGUCAAAAAAUGAAAUAAAAGCAUGGAAUAAACGCAA